CGGUGUACGGGCUCAGCCAGCGGCUCGACCGGGACGCCUCGCUCCUCCACUGAGCCUCAUCCGGAGCCCCGGGCCGUCCAUGGACCACCAUGUCCGAAGAGGAACACACGCCGUCCGACGAACUCUUCAAAGACGUGAAAUUCUACGUGGUUGGGGACAUUGACCAGAAGGUGGUGCAGCUGCUGAAGGCCGGGAAAGGGAAGGAGGUGUCCUACAACGCAUUGGCCACUCACAUCAUCGCAGAGGACGGGGACAACCCCGAGGUGGGCGAGUCCAGAGAGGUGUUCGACCUGCCCGUGGUCAAGCCGUCCUGGGUCGUCCUCUCGGUGCGCUGUGGAGACCUGUUGCCAGUUACAGGAUUCUCCCCAGAGCCAGGACAGAUAUUCUUUGGUGUGACCGCGUGUCUUCCCAAGCUUCCAGAUGAUCUCAACACUCUGUGGGCGUACAUCACGUUCUAUGGAGGAGAGUGUCAACUGAACCUCAACAAGAAGGUCACACACCUGGUGGUGGAGGAGCCAAAGGGGGCCAAGUUUGAGUGUGCCCUCAAACACCCGGGCAUCCAGACGGUCACCCCCGACUGGAUAACGGACUCCGUUAAAGACAAGAGCAGGAGGGACGAGGUGCUCUAUCACCCCCGACUCACGUACGUGGAGCCGGAGGACGACAGCGACGCCGAGUCGUACGCGCGGCGCUCCGAUGGCAGCUACAGCCCCCGGCGGUCCCGGCCGUCGAGCGGUGGCUCCUCCGGCGAGGAGUCCAGCCCCCGCCGACGACCGGGGCCCAAGAAACUGAACUCCGUCUCGCCGUCCUCUCCCCGCAAACCCGAGCGCCGCAGCGAGCGCAUGUUCGACGAUUCCGACGACGACGACGCCUUCGCGGAGAAGGAGGGCCCCAACCUCAACUGGACGCCGGCCGAAAUCGUCACGCCGGCCCCCCCCGCCCCCACCGGCACCGCCCGGCGGCGAGGGGGGCCGCCCGGCAGCAAGGAGCCGGCCGCCGGCAGCGGGCUGAUCAACCUGUGUGCCGCCGUCCCGCCCGCCGCCCGCUCGCCAGGCACGCCGCGCAGCCAGGUCAGUGCGCCGGAGAGGGGCCCGUGAGCCUGUAUGUUCCCCUCUGUGGCUGCAGGUGCGUCGGUUCCAGAGGGCGCCCCCGGGUGGAGCCAGGCUGCGAGAACCCUCCGCAACAUCACCAACAACUCCGACAUGCCGCCGGCCGGUCGGCCCGCCAACGUGGCUCAUAUCCUCCAGAACCUGACGGCAAAUCAGACGAAGCCAUUGGAGCAGCAGACCAAUCAGAGCCAUGCUCCGCCCCCGAGCAGCACCAACCCUCUUCUGUUCAAUCAGGCCAAACCGGCCGUCCAGCCGGUCGCAGCGGAGCAGCAGCAACAGUUGUUGCAGCAGUCGCACCAGGGCCCCCAGCAACACCAGGGCCCCCAGCAACCACAACAGUUACCACAGCAACCACAGCAUCCCAUGAUGCAGCAGCAUCAGAUGCUGCAGCUACAUCACCAGAAGCAGCAACAACAACAACAGUCACAGGUCGCACAACAGGGGUUUGCACAAUUGCCACAACAGUUUCUGCAACAACAGCAGCAGCAAAUGCACCAACAGCAGAUGUUUUCACAACAGCAACAACAACAACAACAGCAGCAGCACCAACAUGCCUUCUCCCAGCAGCAGCUCCGGCCCCAGCAGCUGUUGCGACCUGGUCUACAGCAGCUGCAGCAGCAGCAGGCGCUGCAACAGCAGCUGCAGCAGUUCCAGCAGCAGCAACGCAUGCAGAUGUUGCAGCAGCAGCAGCAGCAGCAGACUCAACAACAGUUGCACCAACAGCAUCAACAACAACAACAGCAGCAGCAGCAGCAGCAGCAUUUCCUCCAGCAGCAGCAACACAUGCAGCAAAUGCAGCAGCAGCAGAACCAGCAGACGGCGCUGCAGCCUCAGCAGCCUCCUCACAUCUCACAGCUGUUUGGACACGAGCCGGGACAAGAGAUUCCACAGGACGGCUUCCUGCUGGGCUGCGUGUUCGCCGUGGCCGACUACCCCGAGCAGAUGGCCGACAAGCAGCUGCUGGCCACCUGGAAGAGGGUCAUCCAGGCGUGCGGCGGUGCCGUUGACCCCGCCCUCACCGCCCGCUGCACACACCUGCUGUGUGAGAGUCAAGUCAGCAACAUGUAUGUGCAGGCCCUUCGAGAGGGGAAGCGCUGCGUCACGGCGCACUGGCUCAACACCAUCCUGAAGAGGAAGAGGAUGGUCCCUCCACACCGGACACUACACCUGCCCUUCGCCUUCCCCCCCGGAGCCAAGCCCUGCUCUCAGCACAUCAUAUCCGUGACGGGUUUCGUGGAUGCUGACCGGGACGACCUGAAGCUGAUGGCCUACCUGUCUGGAGCCCGGUACACUGGGUACCUGUGUCGCAGCAACACCGUCCUCAUCUGCAAAGAACCCAGCGGGCUGAAAUACGAGAAGGCCAAGGAGUGGAAGAUCCCGUGUGUCAACGCCCAGUGGCUGUGUGACGUGCUGCUGGGCAACUUCGAGGCCCUGAGGCAGAUCCAGCACAGCCGCUUCUCCGUCUACAGCCACCCCGAGCCGCUGGCGCCCAACCCUCAGCUGGUGCAGAGCCUGCUGGUCGCCUGGAGGACGCCGGUCAAGGUCUCCUCUGAAGCGCUGGCGAGUCUCCAGCUGCUCCAGAAGCAGAAGAUGAUGGACGCCUCCAACCAGCCGGCUAACAAGAAGGCCAGGCUGGAGGAGAUCCAGUCCCCCAACAAGAAGCUUCCUCCUGAGUCCACUCCCCGAGUCAUGUUCACAGGAUUUGAGCCGGCGCUAGUACAGCAGUACACAAAGCGGCUCCACGCUUUAGGUGGAGAAGUGGCCGACAGCACUCAGAAGGUCACCCACCUGGUGGCCAGUAAGGUGACGCGCACCAUCAAGUUCCUCACGGCCAUGUCGGUGGUGAAGCACAUCGUCAGCCCCGAGUGGCUGGAGGAGAGCUGGAGGAGCCAGAAGUUUGUGGAUGAGCACAGCUCCACUCUGAGGGAUGCGGAGGCCGAGGUGUUGUUUGGCUUCAGUCUGGAGGAGUCCCUGAAGAGGGCCCACAGCGCCCCGCUCUUCAAGGGGAAGUACUUCUACCUGACCCCGGGGGUGUGCCCCAGCCUCAGCACCAUGAAGCCCAUCCUGGAGGGUGCUGGGGGGAAGCUGCUGGCCAAGCAGCCGUCCUACAGGAAGAUCAUGGAGCACAAGCAGAACAAGAAUCUUCCAGAGAUCAUCUUAAUUUCCUGUGACAACGACCUCCACCUCUGUAGAGAAUACUUCUUGAAGAACAUCGACGUCCACAACGCCGAGUUCAUCCUGACGGGGAUCCUCACCCAGAAGCUGGACUACGACUCAUAUCCUUUCCACCAGUGACGGGUCAGCUCGUGAUGACAUCAUCAUCCUGUGGGAACAUGCUGGUCACUGUGUCUUUACGCUUCACUUUGCAUGACUUGUUUAUGUUAGGACUUUAAACUUUACGCUGUGGACGACAUCAUAAUGUGAUAACUCCUUGACAGUCUUACGUAUAAGUUCACUUGAUGUCACGAGGACUGGAGGAGGAGCCAAUCAGGAGCCGCCUGGACCGCCCUGACUUUUCUAUGUUUUUAUUUCUGUGCACGGAUCCUUUUGUAGCGUUUUGUUACCGGUCUGAGAACACAUCCAUGGAUGUUAUUUUUCUGAAAUGAAUGUUUAAAUUAUGGACGAUUUUAAGCUUGUAGCUGUUGACCUAUGACCUGUAAAGCUCGGACGCUCUGCUUUUGGAAUAAAAACUGUACAUUAUG